GAACCAGGAAAUUGUUUUGUUGGGAGUAAGGAAGCGCACGUUUGAAAUUCGGGAGGAUAUUGAAUUUGUCAAAUCUGAACAGCAAGUGUCGGAAAAGAAUUUGUGAAAUCCAGAACUGGAUUUUGAAAAGGCGAUAUUCUGCUGUGCUGCGCCUCUUCUGCCUGUCACCUCUGGAGUGAGCUGCAUGUGUCGCUCCACCUGCGCGGCCUGCCAUGGAGGAACAGGCACGGAGCUGUCUCCUGACACUGCGGCCCCUGCUGGAGCAGGACAUCAAGGCCUCCUACCUCAUGGAUCACAUGGUCAGCGAUGGCGCGCUGACUGUGGAUGAAGAGGAGAAAAUCAGGAGCAGGCCCACCAGAAGGGAGCAAGCGACGGCCUUGCUGGAGCUGAUUCUGAGGAAGGACAACCGGGCCUACAUUUCCUUCUACAAUGCUCUGAUUCGGGAGAGCUACGGGGACCUGGCGUCCUCGCUGCAGGGUAGCCUGCCUCUCACGUCGCCCGAGGGGGAGAAGAGCUUUGCGGACGGGGGGACGCCGUACGUCCACACCGUGCUCAGGGAAGGCGGGGUCCCCCAGCGGCCCGUGGUGUUUGUCAGCCGGCCGGCUCAGCUGAACCGGAUCCGGCAGAAGCUGUACAAGCUGCAGGAGACGGCGGGGGGCUGGGUCACCGUGCACGGCAUGGCCGGGUCCGGCAAGUCCGUUCUGGCAGCCGAGGCCGUGAGGCACGAGGCCCUCAUCAAAGACUGUUUCCCGGGAGGGGUGCAUUGGCUGUCUGUGGGGCAGGUGGACAAGGCGGGGCUUCUGGUGAAGAUCCAGAGCCUGUGCUUCCGGCUGGAGCAGGUCCAGGACUGCGAGGAGAGCAGGAGGCCCCGCGGCUCGGUCGAGGAGGCCAAGGAGCGCCUGCGCUUCCUCAUGCUCCGCCGGUACCCCAGGUCGCUCCUGAUCCUGGAUGACGUGUGGGACAGUGCGGUGCUCCGGGCGUUUGACAUCCAGUGCCGGGUCCUGCUGACCACGCGGGACCGGAGCCUGCCGGAUUCGGUCAGCGGUCAGAAGUUUGAGGUGAUGGUGGAGAGCGGGCUGGAGGAGGACAAGGCUCUGGAGAUCCUGGCGCUCUUUGUGAACAGGAAGCAGAAGCUGCCUGAGCAGGCUCGCAGCAUCGUCAAGGAAUGCAAGGGGUCCCCCCUGGUGGUGUCCCUGAUCGGGGCCCUGCUGCGGGAGUUCCCGGACCGCUGGGACUACUACCUGCAGAAGCUCCAGCGCAAGCAGUUCAAGCGCAUCCGCAAGUCCUCCUCCUAUGACUACGAGGCCCUGGACCAGGCCAUGGCCGCCAGCCUCCAGGUGCUGCCGCACGAGCACCAGGAGCUCUACAGGGACCUCACUGUGCUGGAGAAGGACGUCAAGAUUCCCGCCAAAGUGCUGUCUGUCCUCUGGGACCUGGAGCCAGAGGAGGUGGAGGACGUGCUGCAGGAGUUUGUAAACAAAUCUCUCCUGUUCCGCGACUGCAACAGGAGGCCUUACCUGUACUACCUGCACGACCUGCAGGUGGACUUCCUGACCGAGCUGAACCGCUCCUGCAUACAGGAGCUCCACACCAAGGUUGUGCGUCAGUAUCAGCAGCACUACAGGGAGGGCCCGCCCACCUCCAGGGACGAAGAGUGCCUCUACUGGAUGAGAUACCUGCCCUACCACAUGAGCCAUGCUAACCUCACACAGGAGCUGUGCUCCCUCAUGUUCUCCCUGGAUUGGGUCAGAAUCAAGGCGGAGGUCAUGGGAGCCGCCCACCUGAUCAACGACUACGUGGAGUACGGCCCCGUGCUGGACAGAGAGAACAGCGGCGUGCGCGGGGAGUUCCAGGAGUUCCUCUCUCUGAACGGACACCAGCUGGACCGCCGGCCCCUCCCGGACGUGGUGCAGCUGGGCCUGUCCCAGCCCGGCUCCUCGGAGGUGUACCGGCAGGCCCUGCUGCAGGCGCAGGCCACUAGGGGGGCGCUCUACCUGGACUGGACAAAUAAGAGCAGACUGGAGAAUUUGUCUCGCUUGGUGGUGCAGCCUCAGCAGGGACCCAUCUUCUACGCCUGCUUCUCCCAGGAUGGGCACAAGAUCGCCUCCUGUGGGUCCGGCAGCACCGUGCAGGUCUUUAAGACCACCUCAGGAGAGAAGAUUCUGGAAGUUGAGGCCCACGAUGACGAAGUUCUGUGCUGCGCCUUCUCUCCCGAUGACAAAUUCCUGGCCACCUGCUCCAGCGACAAGAAGGUUAAGAUUUGGAACGCGCAGCGGGGCACGCUGAUCCGGGUGUUUGAGGAGGAGUACGAGGAGCAGGUGAACCACUGCCAGUUCACCAACACCCGCCGGCGCAUCCUCCUGGCCACCUGCUCCAACGACCCCUUCGUGAACACCAAGCUGUGGAACGUGAACAAGCCGUCCUCUCAGAACACCAUGUUUGGACACACGGAGCCCGUGAACCACUGCUGCUUCUCGCCCGAUGACACGUACCUGUCCACCUCCUCCAGCGACGGGACGCUGAGGCUGUGGGAGGUCUCCACUGCGAACGAGUGGAAGUCCAUCAACGUGCAGAGCUUCUUCCCAGAGCAGGCGGAGGAAACGGGCGUGCCGGUGAAGUGCAGCGCCUGGUCAGCCGACGGGAAGCGCAUCAUCUGCGCUGCCAGGAACGUGGUCUUUGUGUUUGACGUGGAGACGGCGGAGUUCCUGUCGGAGAUUCGGACGAGUUCCCUGAGCACGGUGCAGUUCUGCGACACCUGCCCUAACAGCCAGCUGGUCGCUCUCGCGCUGUCCCACUACACCGUGGAGCUGUGGGAUUUCAUGUCCAACAAGAAGGUGGCUGAGUUCAGCGGGCACCUGAGCUGGGUCCGCUGCGUCCGAUUCUCCCCCGAUGGAUCGCUCGUGCUUUCCUCCUCCGAUGACCAGACAGUGAGGCUAUGGGACACAAAGGGAGUCCACAUCUCCUCUGCUGCCUCUCUGAAGAGGGACUGCGAUGUGCUCUUCAAUCAGGAUGAUGUCAUAGUGGUUGCCGCUGACAACAGAAACCAUGUGCAGGUGCAGAAUGGUAGGACAGGGGAGGUGAUGUUCCGGUCCGAAAAGCAGGAAUCUCGGGUCCGCUGCAUGUGCCUCUGUCGGGAACCGCUCGCCGCUGUUCUGGGAUGUGAGGACGGAACUGUAAAGGUGCUGGAGGUGCCCUCAGGGAAGCUCCUGUGCGCCCUCUCUGGUCACACAAAGACAGUGCUUCACUGUCAGUUCAGUGCUGAUGGACACACACUUAUCACAUCAUCUGAGGAUGCAACCAUCAGGGUGUGGAAGUGGAGGACCGGGGAGUGCAUGGUGCUGAAGGGUCACACCGAGCGAGUGAGGAAGUUCUUUCUUUUGGAAGAAGCGUCCCCCUCUCCCCCUCGGCUCCUGUCCUGGUCCUUCGAUGGCACGGCCAAGGUGUGGAACGUGGCGAGCGGGGAGAAGAUUCAGGACGUGGCCUGCCACCAGGGAGCCGUCCUGUCGUGUGACGUGUCCCCCGACCGACGGAUGUUCUCCACCGUGUCGGCAGACACGACCGCGAAGAUCUGGAGCUGCGAGUCCUGGUCCCUCCUCCACGAGCUGAACGGACACCAGGACUGCGUCCGCAGCUGCCGCUUCUCCUGGGACGGCAAGCGUCUGGCGACCGGCGACGACAACGGCGAGAUCCGACUCUGGAGCGCCCUGGACGGUUCGCUGCUGCGCAUCUGUUCCCCUGGCAACAAGGACUCCCUGGACUCCCUGCAUGGGGGCUGGGUGACCGACCUGCACUUUUCCCCAGACAGCCGAACGCUGGUGUCCACCGGCGGCUACAUCAAGAUAAAUUUAAACCUGAAGGAGACUCAGAGAGACGGUUCACCCCUGCAGGGACGUUGUAGAAAGUGUUCACACACGCUCGCACCGAAGGGAAAAAAGAAAAAAAAAAAACUGAAAUUUGCUCAAGCUCAAGACCUUCACACUUUAUUAACAGCUGGCGUGUAGGGGCGUAGAGAGCGGGGUGUGUCACGGGUGUGUCACGGGGUGUCUGCAGCACGUCUGUGGAAACUCAGCAAAAAUGCAAAAGCAGUCGCUCUGUUCCACCUGAACCUCGGUCAAAGAGCCAUUACAAAUCACUUGUCUUUUUACAACUUGACAUUAUGUGAAGUGCUUCAGUUGCCCUGUCCUUAGUUAAAAGGUUCCUGCGAUAGACUGGCGACCUGUACAGGGUAUAUUCCUUCCUCUCGCCCAGUGCAUGCUGGGAUAGGCUUCAGCACUCCCAGCGACCCCGAUCAGGAAUAAGCGGGUAUAGCUAAUGGAUGGAUGCAGUUGAAGGUUUCCCUCAAAACCCAGAGCUUUGUGAUCACAUGGCCGUCCCCAUACUGACAGAGAAAUUGCUGAACCCCUUUCUCACUGAACAUGCAAUGCUGACACAGACAGAAUUACACUGCUGGAAUUAAAGAUGGUAGAGUAAGGAUUCUUCAAGCAUGAAAGAAUGUGCUGUCAGUAACUCGCAGAUGUGAAGAAUUUCUAUUUUGCUUUUGAGCACAAUUGCUGUUGAUUGGUUUAUACGGUUAAAUAAAGAAUGCGCACCCUAAGUGAUAAGUAGCAGAUCGUCAGACAAAAAAAUAGAGGCUGCUCGUGCUUAUUAUCUCCAGAAAUGUGUUAAUUGAAGAAAAGCAUGCUUUUCGGUGCAAAAAUGUUGACUUCUUUGUAAUGAGUUUAGUUUCAGAGUAAAAAUUGUUGCGUUUCUUCGGAUCACACAUUUGAUAAUUUCGUCUGUUAACCAUGAAACCUCAUUCUCUAGCUGGAAUACUGAAUCUAACCAUUGCGACUUCCUAAUUAGAAAAAGGCCCAGUUAAAUUGGCCCAGCCUCUGAUCUUCCGCACUGCAGGUUGCCCUGCAGCAGACACAUGGGUAUCACCUAGGGAAUUGUGGGAAGGGAAUAUAAAUGUGCUGUGUGUGAGGGAAUGUCAUUCAAGUCACCGGUGCCUUUGAUGAACUGCCAGCAGAGGACACUGUUCUGGUUCAGCGGACGCUUGGACUGUUUCGGCUAUUUCUUUGUGCUCCAUCCUCCAUUCAUCCAUUCUGACGGCACUGAUUCCGGCUAAUCGGGGAGCUCAUUGACCCGUGCCGGAGAUCCGCCGAGACGUUUCAUCCAUCACCAUGGCGAUGCCGAGCCACACGACCGCGCGACGGGUGGGCAGUUAAUUAAUCCGUCGGGGUGUUUUUAAUUAGAGUGCGAUCGAGUCGGAAGUCGGAAGACGGAACCUGCUGAGACACCGAAUGACUGGGACUGAGGGGGUGGAGAUCAGGGGCUGCACUCUGUACACGUCUCAUAUGAGUAUAACCGUGACUGUGCGUUUUAUUCUGCUUCACUGUGUUAAUGCUCUGUUCUAUUUCAUCUGCUGCUUUCCCAGAACUUCACCUGAUAAGUGGUCAGGAUAAUUUUCCACAUUGGCUCAAAUUGAUUCUAUUCAUGGUGGCAGUCUAAUUUCAGGGGCUUCUAAACAAAUGAAAGGUUGAUUGCUUGAUUUAUUGGUG